CAGGGGGCAGCUGGACUUCAAGAAACGACUUCAAUUAUCCAUUUCACCACUACGCGUCAAUCAGAUCAUCGUGAGCAUCUACAGCAAAAUUCAGCAUCUCAUCAAGUGAAGCAACUUGAACGCAUUGCCCAUCAUGGCCACACUCGCAGGAGCUCUUGGACUCACUUCCACUGCCAAUCCCUUGGUUGGCAAUUACGCGGCACACCAUGCCAUCUUCAACUUUGUCCUCGCGUACAUGGCGCUUUCAGCACGGACGUUGAAGCAGAAAUACAAGCUCGAUCACAACGUCAACCCACGCGAGGAUGUCGCACGCUUUGGUGAAAAGGCAGUGCAGGAUGGCAAAAUCACGCGUGAGCAACUCAACAUGGUCAAACGCAACGAAGCCGCGCACGCCAACUCGAUGGAGCAUUAUACAGUUUUUGUUGCGAGUAUCUUGUUUGCAACCGUCGCCAAAGUGCCCAACUCUUCAAUCAAUCGGGCCUGCACGAUCUACUCGGUCUCCCGGGUCGCUUACGGCUUGGCUUACAUCUACAUCACCAAGUACAAGUGGUCAUAUGUUAGGAGUACAGCUUGGUGGUCAAGCAACUUUUGUUGCUUCUACUUGCUCUGGCAAAGCGCCCAACGCUUGAGCUCUAGCAUCUGAGACGAGGUCUUGAGGGUGGUGUGUGUCUGAGGCCACGAGAUCGAUGUGAGGAGGCAACGACGGGCAACAAGGGAAAAUCUGGCCAUGUUUCAGCCCGAAGAUUGAUCGCGAGCUUAUCGCUGUAUUGCUAGCAAGAAAAUAGUCUUUUCUCUACCGAAUGCAAAU